AUGACAUUACCUCACAACAUUGAAUUCAAAUUUCCACUCAAGGAGCUUCCAGGAAUGGAACUCGAGAGAACUCACGAUUCUCCUAAUUACAGCGGUGGUUUUGGUGACGUCUGGAAAUGCAGCUGGUCCCCUUCUUCUGUAAAUCUCCCGGUCGCAGUUGCAAUCAAGGUAGUGAGGGUCGCUGACUCCGGUCAAACAGAAAUUUUAGCAAAGACGGCCCAGGGCAUACGGCGCGAGGCCUACGUCUGGGUCAACUUGAAAGAUGACCAUGUCCUUUCGCUUCAUGGAAUCACAGGUGGUUUCGGAGUCUUACCAGCUUUUGUUUCGUCGUGGGUGACAAAAGGAUCUCUCGAUAGCUAUUAUCGCCGAUGA